CUUCAAAAUAAAAUUAAAAUGUCAUCCACAUACGGCAAAGUCGACGAGCGUGAACAUGCAAUGCUCGAAGCUCGUCGCAAGUCGAGAAAGAGAAUCGCAAUCAUCGCCGUAUCACUAGUCGUUCUCGCGGGAGUAGUGAUGGGAGCCGUCUUCGGAACCAUGGCUAACAAGAAGUCAACGACUGCAGAGACCAACGAUAACGGAGACUCGAUCUCCGUUUCCGUUAAAGCCGUUUGCGACGUCACAUUACACAAAGACAAGUGUUUAGAAACGGUCGGGUCCGCUCCAAACGCAAGCGGCCUCAAUCCAGAACAGCUCUUCAAAUACGCCGUCAAGAUCACAAUCGCCGAAGUCUCAAAAGCUCGUAACGCGUUCACUUCCUCGGGCGACGGCACGAGCAUGAGUGCUUGCAUUGAGCUUCUUGACCUAACGGUAGAUAACCUCAACAACACGUUAACGUCGUCAGAACAAGGCGACGUCACGUUACCUGAGCUAGUGGAAGACCUACGUACAUGGCUGAGCUCAGCGGGCACGUACCAAGACACUUGUGUUGAGACUUUGGCUGAAUAUAACGAUCAAGAGUCAAAGACGUUCGGUGAAAGUCAGCUCAAGAACGCAACGGAGAUGACGAGUAACGCCUUAGCGAUCAUUACUUGGCUAGGUAAGAUCGCUGACUCCUUCAAACUACGGAGGCGUCUGCUUACUGCUGAAGUGGCGGUAGACUUCAACGUGGGGAGGAGAUUGUUGCAGAGCACGGAUUUGAGGAAAGUGGCGGAUAUCGUGGUGGCGAAGGAUGGAUCAGGGAAGUAUAGGACGAUAAGUAGGGCUUUAAAGGAUGUGCCCGAGAAGAGUAAGAAGAGGACGGUUAUAUAUGUGAAGAAAGGAGUUUAUUUCGAGAAUGUGAAAGUGGAGAAGAGCAUGUGGAAUGUUGUCGUUGUUGGAGAUGGAGAGAGCAAGAGUAUCGUCUCUGGUAGACUUAAUGUCGUUGAUGGAACUCCUACUUUCCAGAGCGCCACAUUCGCUGUGUUCGGGAAAGGGUUCAUGGCAAGAGACAUGGGCUUCAUCAACACAGCCGGUCCAUCCAAACACCAAGCCGUAGCUCUAAUGGUAAGCGCCGACCUCACCGCCUUUUACCGAUGCACAAUGAACGCAUACCAAGAUACGCUCUACGUGCACGCGCAACGCCAAUACUACCGUGAGUGCACCAUAAUAGGAACAGUCGAUUUCAUCUUCGGUAACGCAGCCUCCGUGCUACAAAACUGCAAGAUCCUCCCUCGUCGACCGAUGAAGGGACAGAAGAACACAAUCACCGCUCAAGGACGUAAAGAUCCGAACCAGAACACAGGAAUCUCGAUCCACCGUUGCAGCAUAUCUCCUCUAGGUGACCUAACAGGUGUUCAGACGUUUUUAGGUCGGCCAUGGAAGAACUUCUCGACGACGGUGAUAAUGGAUUCGUCUCUGCAUAGGUUUAUUGAUCCAAAAGGUUGGUUGCCGUGGAUUGGAGACUCGGCCCCGGAUACUAUAUUUUACGGUGAGUAUAAGAACUUUGGCGCCGGCGCGUCCACGAAGAAUAGAGUUAAGUGGAAGGGGUUGAGGUUUUUAAGUACGAAGGAAGCGAAUAGGUUUACUGUUAAACCGUUCAUUGAUGGACAAAGAUGGCUUCCGACAACGAAAGUACCGUUCAGGUCCGGUCUCUGAGUUUGUUUUCCGACAAAGAGAUUCCAUUUCAAAUCUCU